GCCAAUGGAUUCACUUGCACGGAUUCUUGAUACCUGCCGUUGUUUAUGGUUCUCUCUCUAUAAGAUUUGAUCUUUUUGCUAUAAAAACUUGGCUAUUUCUUUUCACUUCUUUAAGCCUUUCUCUCUCAGUUUCUUGGUUUUCUUCACUCGAGAAUAAUCAAAGAAAAGCAGGCAAGAAUCCAAUAACCUAAGCAAGAAAAGAAAGAGCCUUCAAGAAGUUGUUAAAGGAAGAGAAUUGAUGGAAUCAUUUUCAGGGACAAGAAGAGUGCCUUAUUUUAUAGAGGAAGAUGAUGGGUUGGUUUCUCUUGCAGAUAUGGAAGCUGGGUUUUCAGGAAACCAACAGCAACAACAACAGAAACAUCAGCACCCAUUCUUCUCUAGAUCACUUUGUUAUGGGAAGGAGGGUAGUAUGAGGACUAUAUCAUCAUCUAUUUCUUCUCCAAGAUCUGCAAGGUUUUAUGAUGCAAGAUUUGAAGAUCAUCAACCUCAUUUCUUGGAAGCUUGUUUUCUUUGCAAGAAACCACUUGGUGAUAAUAGAGACAUCUUCAUGUAUAGAGGGGAUACUCCAUUCUGCAGUGAAGAGUGCAGACAAGAGCAAAUAGAGAUAGAUGAAGCCAAAGACAAGAAUUGGAAUCUCUCUUCAAUGAAGAAGUUAAGAAAAAAAGACAAGAAGAGAUCAUCCAUAUCUCCUACUAAAGCCCAGGAUUAUCCUUCCAGAACAGGCGCUGUAGCUGCAGCUUAAGCUUAAACAGACCUAAACACCCACAAAAAAACACAAAUAUAUAUGUUACAUAUAUAAAGAGAGAUACUUUUUCUUUAAUAUAUAAAUAUUUUCCACUUGAAAGAAAAAAAGAGAGAUAUUAGAGGACGUAAUAUAUGGUUUAAUGAUGGUUUUUCUCCACCAAGUUGAAAGGGCCAAGGAUACGGAUGGAGGAGGACAAGAAGAACCAUUUUGAGGUUUUCUUUUUUUUUUUUGAGUAGUUUGCUUUUUUGGGUUUUUGUUUCUCUUUUUUCUAACUUCUAUAUUGUGAAUGGUACAUGUAUGGGAAUUGAGAGGUGCUUGUAUCUGGCUCUAUUUUGGUUUUUCUUGCCCCUCUGAAUAAAAAGGUUUUUCUUUUUAUUUUU